GCGUGCUUAGGACGCACAGCACACACUUCGGGGCAGUGCCGUCUGCAAACUGGCUGCCAGCUCUGUGCGCUGACAGCUCAGUUGGUGUGAAAAUCAGCAGGGGACACCGAGGCUGUGAAAACAUGGGUUCUUCUGAAAGCCAACCUGCCCAGGAACCUGAACCAGAGCCCAAAACUGCUGAUCCUGAACCAAAACCCAAAGCUUAUCCGGUUCCUUACUUCACCUCCAUCCCAGGGGGGCUGCAGCCAUCCCAGGUCAUCUCUGUGUCAGGCACAGUGCUGCCCAAUGCGAAGAGGUUCCAUAUCAAUCUGCUUGCUGGGAGUGACAUCGCCUUCCACCUGAACCCUCGAUUGAGUGAAAAGACCGUGGUCCGAAACUCUAAGAUCAAGGGCUCCUGGGGGUCAGAGGAGAAAAGUCUGCCUGUCAGCAUGCCUUUCAUCCCAGGACACAGCUUCAAGGUGGAGAUCAUAUGUGAAGCCCAGUGCUACAGAGUGGCCCUGGAUGGACAACACCUGCUGGCAUACACCCACCGCCUGAAGCACCUGCCCGCCAUCAAUGCCCUGGAAGUAGCUGGCGACAUCCAGCUUACUGAUGUGCAGGUCUAGGCGGGCUCAAGAGCCCAGUGAAGGGCUGGGGACAUGGCUGUCUGUGUCUCCUCCCUGUCCUCUCCCCUUCUCAGCCCAGCUUCUGAGCCCUGCCAUCUGAGCAGAUGGUGUCCUGAGGUGGGACACACAGGUGACCUCCAGGUCCCUUCCUCCUUGCAGCGAGGGAGGACCUGAGCCUUCCGUGCUCCAGCUCAGGCCCAUUCUGCAUAAGGCUGUCAAACCCCUUCCUGUCCCCUGUGCAGCCCCACGCUAGUCCCAAGCCCCAGCUGUGCACCGCAGGGACUGGGGCCCUCCACAGCCCCCAUUCCUGUGACCUUUACCUUCCCUCCCUGGCUGUGCACCCUGCUGCGACACUGCUCCCUCUGGGGAGGCUGCCCUGUGACACCUGCUGGCUUCCACCCACUGAGCAGACCUUUCUCAGCAGUGGGCUCUUCCCUGUCCUGGCCUCCUUAAAAUAAAGAAAAGCAAAUGCUGUUGCUCUUGGCACA